UAAUGGUGGACUGAAGUCUGCUUCUACCAGUUCUGUAAUGGUCCUUGGAGACUCAGGGUCUGAUCCGAAAGAAGGAAAUGAUGAACACAAAGUGCCGAAUUUUGAAAGCAUCAAACAUUUUGAUGUCGUGGACGACUUCUCGAUCCAUCAUUACAACAAUAUGGCCUCGCCGGGAGAGAAGGAGUCGGUGAAGCGAAUUCAAGAGGAGUGGAAAAUUCUGGAGAAUGGUUUACCAGAAACAAUAUAUGUUAGAGUUUGUGAAGCAAAGAUGGGUCUCUUAAGGGCUGUCAUUAUAGGACCUGCUGGUACUCCAUACCAUGAUGGACUUUUCGUCUUUGAUUGUUUCUUCCCUCCAAAAUAUCCGAAUGUGCCACCAUUGGUUUAUUAUUAUUCUGGUGGCCUGCGGUUAAAUCCGAAUUUGUAUAGAUGUGGUAGAGUAUGCCUAAGCCUGUUGGGUACCUGGCAUGGUAAAGAGACUGAAUUGUGGGUUCCGGGGAAAUCGACCAUGCUACAAGUUUUGGUUUCCAUACAAGCUCUGAUUCUGAAUGCUAAACCUUUCUUUAACGAGCCCGGAUACGAUACUUCGUAUGUCGGGGACGUAGGUGAAAGAAGGUCCAGAAAGUACAAUGAGAAAGUAUACACUCUAUCCUUGAAGACAAUGAUUUACACACUAAGAAGACCGCCUCAGCAUUUCAAGGGCUUUGUUGCCAGUUAUUUCCGCUGCCAUGCUCCAGACAUCAUCGGGGCGUGUCAAGCAUACAAAGAGGGUGCUACUGUUGGCACUGUCGUGGUUAAAGAUGGUGUACCUGACCCUAAUAUAAUCGAACAGGGUAGCUCCGAGGAAUUCAAAGCGACAAUGGCGAGAAUGAUCGAUUUGUUGUCGACGGCAUUCACAGAAAACGGGUCGACGGAGUGCGAACAGUCGGUGACUUCCAAGAACAUGUUACCAUUAUAAAAGCUGUUAUGCAAGGUUAGUGUAGAACAUAGUAGCCUUUUAUUCCAUCUACUUUGGUUAAUGCAAGCCAUUAUUUAUAGUUUUUAUGGUAAUAAUGAAUCUUUGGUAUUCAUGUAGGGUUAAGCUUAGUG